CAGGUCCAAAAUCCCCCACACGCUAGGCAGAACGACGUCGUAUCGUUGAUCCCGGCAUUGCCCGGCGCGUGGCGCGUGCCACCAAGCACGCAUCAAAAUCUGCCGCUUCAACCAGCAAUUUGUGCAGGGAAAUUCCUGUCAAACCGCAGAGAAGAGGACAAACAAUUAGGGUUUUUCAAAUUCAACAUUUCUUCGUUUUCCAAUUUAGGGUUUUUUUCUCCUCGCUCUGUUGCUUUACCCUUCAGUUGCAAUUCGUACAGGAGGUUGUUCUAUUCUCAUGCACAAUUGAAAUUGGCAAAUGAGUGAUGCAAAAGAAAACGAGGUAGCUAGCCAGGGCAUGCCCUCGGUCGUGGAAGAAAACCAACAGUUGGUUGAUGCUGAGGUUCAAGAUCAACCUGAAACUGCCUCUGCUCCUGUUCCAGUAGAGGAAACUUCAAAUCAUGUUGAAAUUACAAAGGAAGAACCACGUGCCGAGGAUAAAAAUGCAGAACUUGAGGCUGUUUCAGAGGGAAUUCCACAAGAAGAUGUUCAAAAUACUCUUCUCUAUGUCCCAGUAGAGUCUGAUGCUCAGAUUUUGGAUAGGACUGAGUCUGAAGAAGCUUCUGUUGCGAAGGUGGAAGCUGAUGAAUUAGCCCAGAAUAAUAAGGAGGCCGAGAAUAAUGAUGAUGUUCAUCAAAAUAGUAAUGGUAAUGUUGAGAUGGCUUUGGAGGUGAAGCCUGAAGCCUGUGGAAUGGCUGAUAGUAAAGCAUGUGAUAAUGGUGACCCUGUGCCUGCAAGUCAUAAUGAGCUUGCUACGCACCUACCUGCUCCUGCAGAUACAAACACUGAAAUUAUGAAUGUAUUAGAAGUUGAGAAUAAGGCUGACGAAAAGCAAGCUACUGAACCUGCAGAUAAUGGGAAAUCAAAUUCAAAGUACAUGCUUUUCUUGGAUGCUGACCAUUCCUAUGAUGGUAAUGAGUCAGGAACAGAGGAGGAGCAGUCAGCAUUUAUGAAGGAGCUUGAAAACUUCUUUAGGGAGAGGAGCAUGGAAUUCAAACCUCCCAAAUUCUAUGGAGAAGGAUUAAAUUGCCUUAAGCUGUGGAGAGCUGUAACGAGAUUGGGUGGCUAUGAUAAGGUGACUUCAUGUAAAUUAUGGCGGCAAGUGGGAGAGUCUUUCAAGCCUCCGAAGACAUGUACCACUGUCUCAUGGACUUUUCGGGGAUUUUAUGAGAAGGCACUUCUUGAUUAUGAAAGACAUAAAAUAAAAGGUGGUGAGCUGAAUGUUCCUGUUGCUUCUCAUCCAGAGCCUAUAAAUAUUGAAAAUCAGGCCUCUGUAUCAGGUAGAGCACGGAGAGAUGCUGCAGCACGAGCUAUGCAGGGGUGGCACUCACAACGCCUCCUAGGCAAUGGUGAAGUUAGUGACCCUAUUAUUAAGGAUAGGAAUUCUGUGUCUGUGCAAAAGCGUGAAAAGCAGCUUAAAAGCAUCAAUAUACACAAACGUAAGAAGCCAUCUUCACCUUACAUGGAUAAUGCAGUCAAAGCUGCACGCAGUAAACCGUCUAAACCACAAUUGGACACAACUGUGAUUGAUAUUGGACCUCCUGCUGAUUGGGUAAAAGUGAAUGUACAAAAAACUAAAGAUUGUUUUGAGGUAUAUGCUUUAGUUCCUGGCCUGCUGAGGGAAGAGGUCCGUGUACAGUCAGACCCUGCAGGACGCCUAGUCAUAAGUGGGGAGCCUGAACAUCCCAACAAUCCUUGGGGUGUGACACCUUUCAAAAAGGUUGUCAGCUUGCCCUCAAGAAUUGAUCCUCAUCAGACAUCCGCGGUGGUGACACUGCAUGGGCAGUUGUUUGUUCGUGUCCCGUUUGAACAUUUAGAAUAGUGGUCGCUUAUGCUUUCAAUGCCUCUCUCUUUGACCAUGAUAUGUAUGUAGGAUAGUUGACCCGGAAACCAUGUAGAAAACUAUUUCUGCCUGUAAAACAUGUCAAUUUCUAGCUUAGCGUAGCAUUUACUUUAAUGUUUGAGUUCACUUAUAAAUUCUCGUACAUGAUUUUCUCAAACAAUACUUUAACCUUGUUAAUAUGAGUUAGGUAGGUUCUGUAAUUGCCGAGGAUCAAUGUUGUAAUAUUGUAACUUUGUUAGUGAUAUUACAUUUAACUUUUGACCUUUUUAUA